AUGCCUUUCUUAGCCGAAAAACAUAUCGAUAUUCCUAAUCGAGACUUGUUGUCAUGGAUGUUCAACGAUCAAACAUAUGACGCUGACGUCCCUAUUUACAUCGAUGCCGCAGAGCCUGAACGCACUAUAUCUUCACGCCAAGCAAAAAGCAUCACGAGAAAACUAUGUGCAGGCUUCAAAUCCAUCGGGUUGGAGAAGGGAGAUUGCGUUUGCAUGCUUUCGUUCAAUGAUAUCUACUACUCUAUGGCAUUCCUGGGCAUCCUCUCCUUCGGGGGUAUCUUUGCUGGAGUAAACCCGUCACAUACUCCCUUUGAACUAGCCCACGCCUUCCAGAUCGCCCAAGUCAAGGCCCUCAUAGUCGAACCUGAACUUCUUCCCAACGCCCUCAAAGCUGCAGCUCAAGCCAAUAUUCCACGCUCUCACAUCUUUAUUUUUGAUCACCACACGCCUGUCACGGCGCCUUGGAGCGAUGCCGAAGGUUGGAAUGAGGGUCUGGGCGAAGAGGAACGGACGGGAGGAUGUAAGAGUUGGAGAGCCUUGAUGGGAAUGGGUGAAAGCGACUGGGAAAGUUGGGACAAUGAGAAACGAAGCAAGGAAACAGUGGCAGCAAGAUUGUUCAGCAGCGGCACAACCGGACUGCCGAAGGCGGUCGAUAUGACACACCACAACUUUGUCACUCAGCAUACUAUGGUGCUAGAGUACAAGCCCAGGGACUAUGAGGUCGUACGAUUGUUAUGUACACCGAUGUUCCACGUAAGCAACGUCCCAAGAGCGCAUACUAGCCCUCUUCGUGGCGGGUUGCGGACGUACGUUAUGCGCCGGUUUGAGCUAGAAGCAUGGAUGCGUAACAUUGAACGCUUCCAGAUAACGGAGGCAAACAUGGUCCCGCCCAUGGUGAUCCAAAUCAUCAACUCACCCUUGAUAAAGAAGUACUCCCUUGCCUCGAUCCGCUACUCGUGGGUUGGCGCUGCGCCUCUCGCUGCAGAACCACAAGCGCGUUACAAAACACUUCUUCGUCCUGAUACUCCAUUCAAUCAGGUAUGGGGUAUGAGUGAAACAUCUUGUAUAGCGACUAUGGUACACUACCCCGAGCACGACCCUACCGGAUCUGUGGGUCGCUUCUUGCCAAAUCACGACGCGAAACUAGUCGAUGAUGACGGAAAAGAUAUCACAGACUUCGAUAUUAGGGGCGAAUUGUGUGUUCGUGGUCCACUGAUCGUAAAAGGAUAUUUCAACAACUCCGAGGCAAACAAGUUGGCAUGGGAUGAAGACGGCUAUUUCCACACUGGUGACGUCGCAGUAUGCAAACGAGAGAACGGACUAUGGUAUAUUGUCGACCGGAAGAAGGAACUCAUAAAAGUCCGUGGAUUCCAGGUCGCUCCCGCAGAGCUCGAAGGCGUGCUGCUAUCUCAUCCCGACAUUAGUGACGCAGCAGUGAUCGGUAUUCCGGCUGGAGGUACGGGCGCCAGAGCUGGAGAUGCCGGCAGUGAGCUCCCAAGAGCAUAUAUUGUAGUCAAGCACGGGAGUCUGGUGAGAGAGGUGGAUAUUCAAGCAUACAUGAAGGAGAAAUUAGCAGGAUACAAGCAGCUAGUAGGCGGUGUCAAGUUCGUUGAUGCGAUACCGAAGAACGCAUCUGGAAAGAUCUUGAAGAAAGACCUGAAAGAGAUGGCGCGGAAGGAGACAGGUGCCAGGUUGUAGAUAUUUGGAGAGUCAUGAAAAGUUCUUAGACAAGGUACGGCUUCUAGCAAGACACAUAGGCCUCCCAAAUGUCGUUUUGUGAUACGAUGCACAGAACCUACCACGAUGGAGAAUAACAGACGGAAUACAAAUAGCUGGCAGCAUAUCCACAAGGCUAUAUAGAUAGCUCGAAGGCGUCCACAAAC